CAAUUCCUCUCCAUACCAUCACUUCUUGUCUGAAAAAGAUGGAACAAACGUUCAUCAUGAUCAAGCCUGAUGGCGUCCAAAGGGGCUUGGUUGGUGAAAUCAUUGGAAGAUUUGAGAAGAAAGGCUUCUAUUUGAAAGGUUUGAAACUCAUCACUGUGGAUAAAUCGUUUGCCGAGAAGCACUAUGCGGAUCUUUCCGCAAAGCCCUUCUUUAACGGUCUCGUAGAGUACAUUAUCUCUGGUCCCGUUGUUGCUAUGAUUUGGGAGGGUAAGAAUGUUGUUACCACCGGUCGAAAGAUUAUUGGAGCUACAAACCCUGCUGAGUCUGCUCCUGGAACAAUCCGUGGUGACUUUGCAAUCGACAUUGGCAGGAAUGUGAUUCAUGGAAGUGAUUCAGUUGAGAGUGCAAGGAAGGAAAUUGGUUUGUGGUUUCCAGAAAGCCCUGUUAACUGGCAGAGCAGUGUUCACCCCUGGAUCUAUGAGUAGAUUUUGACUAUAAGCUGUUGCAGAUCAUGGCAUCAUCAUGUUUGUUUCUUGUUAGUCAACUUUUUACUAAGUUAAUUACCUUUGGUUACAUUAUAAGAUAUAUUUGUUUGAUGCUAGUAUUAUUGUGCACUAGAAAGUUCCAUGUAUCAUGAAUCAAGUGCUGAAACUCUAUAGCAACUGGGUAUUUUGGUUUGUAUGAAUAAAAUUUCAGUUGGUAACAUGUUUGAAUUU